AAAUUGUUUUAACACAUUAGAUUCAUCACUAUUGAGUGUCAUGUUUUAUGAAUGAUUCAGGAAUGUCACAGAAUUUGAGACAAUGGGGGAUGGAUGCUACUGACAAUGAUGUAACUGUUUCAGUUUUUGUUAUAACUUCUGAAUACUGAGUGAGAUUUUGAUAGCAAUGUUUUUGUGUGGAUUUACAGACAGUUUUUGGCCAUGGGAAAACAGGUGGUCUCGGGCCAGUAAACCAAGUCUACGACAGAUUCAUACCAAAAUGUCUGGAAACUACUUUCACCGUGGAAUUUCUAGACUUAGGGCAGAGGAACUGCUCCUAUCUGCUGGAGAGGAUGGGAGUUUUCUAGUCCGGGACAGUGAAACUUUGCAGGGGGCAUAUGUCUUAUGUCUGCUGUUCCAGUCAAGGGUGCACCAGUAUAGAGUUCUACCUGGACAUGACAACAAGCUGUCCAUCCAGGCAGAAGGUGGUGCUCCUGAGCCCAAGUAUCCAGAUCUCAAUUCGCUGGUCGCAGACUACAUAAAAAGGGGAGAUAAGAAUGGAUUAGCAUUUGGACUGAAAUUUCCCGUCCCUCCUGACAAAGGAGAGGAAGUGGACUCAGAUCCAGAAAACUCUGCUGUUUGGAAUUAUUCGGAUGAGGAAUCUCCGUUAUUGUCUAAUGAAUUUACCGAGUUUUCAUUACUUCGAGAUGAUGAUGAUUACCAGGAUAAUCCCCCUGGGGUUCCCCCUCCUCCCCUGGUCCGGGAGAAUGCUAACAUCAAUGGCCUUGACGCAAAUCCAGAGGAACAAAAAAUCAAAGUCACACUGCUGAAUAAUUUCUCCAAACUUGAUAAAACAAGUGUAGAACCAGACUUCUUGGAGGCUUUGAGAGAUUACUUUGAGAGGGGGAUAGAAACAGAUGUGACAGCGGUGAAGGCAGGGGACACAAAUCUUCCAGAAUUUCAGAAACUUCUGGAAUUCUCAGCAAAAAAUUUACAGAGAGAACUGGACAGAUUUCUCAGAAAGGUACGGACAAUAAGUGACCUGUUGACCGUUCCUGAGACCUCUGCAUUGACCCGCUCACCUUCCAUGAUGGACAAGGGUGGAUCAAGCGUUCCAGCUAUGUUAGAAAAAAUGAACAAGUGUAGAAGCAAUCUGAUGGCUUUGGACAAUAAAGUCCAGGAAACUCUGCGUUAUUUUUCUGUCUCUCUUUAUGAUUGUCUCCCCUUUGAGUCUCUGGAUUCAGAUCCCUUACCCGAGUCUUUCACACCUUUGUUGUCUUCCCUUGGAAAACCACACAUUCCUAGAAGUGAUUUUGAGGUGAAGCUCAUACGGACAGGAAAACAAUCCAAAAUGACUCUGUCAGUUGAUAUACCUCAUGGAAAACUUUAUGCUGUCAAGCCCUCAAAAGAUUCUUUUGACCCAAACAAUGUGUUCACCCAUGAGAGAAUUACACAGCUUGUGAAGAGCACCAAAGAUAACACCAAGCUGGAUAUGCUGAUAUUGGACGAGGAGAAGAAGAAAAAACAGACCAAGUUCACCGUAGUCUUCACGUCGGUCCACGUUCGCGAGACGUUCUGUCAGCAGAUCAUGCAGAUGAAAAACAUGCAUUCCUCCAUUGUGGAUGUUGAUCAGAUCUCAGUGUUUGUGGGAACAUGGAAUAUGGGUGACAGCCAGCCCACUGCCUCCAUUAACAGCUGGUUACGAUGUAACGGUACAGGUAAACCUCGUGACCCGCAGGUCCUGGGGGUCAUUCCACAUGACAUGUAUGUCAUCGGGACACAGGAGAGUGCAAUGACAGAAAAAGAUUGGGUCAACUUUGUGAAAAAUCACAUCAAGUCCUGUCUCAUGGCAGAUGUAGAACUGGUGGAGGUUUGCACGUUAUGGGGGAUACGGUUAGUGGUGCUAGUGAAGAAACAACUACGUCAGUAUAUCAACAGAAUUCAACAUUCCACGGUUAGGACUGGCAUAGCCAAUACAUUAGGUAACAAGGGAGCAGUCGGAAUCUCAUUUUAUUUCAAGGGAACCUCAUUUUGUUUUAUUAACUGUCAUCUGACAUCAGGGGAUGAGAGAAAUGAGAGGAGAAACCAGAACUAUCGUGACAUCAUUAAGGGCCUGUCACUGGGGCAGAAACACCUGGGGCUGUUUGACGUCCUCAAUCAGUUUAACCAUUUGUUUUGGCUCGGUGAUCUCAACUAUCGAAUCGAGGACAAUAUUGCUACAAUUCUGGAAAAAGUGGAGUCCAGAGAUAUAGAAUACUUAAUAACAAAGGACCAGCUGAAGAAAGUACAGAGAGAAAAGAAAGGCUUCUGUGGUUUCUGUGAGGAAGAUAUCUCAUUCAUGCCAACAUACAGGUUGCCAAGGUUCCAGAUAGAAUACAAGUAUGACUGGAAGAAAGUCAAGAAAACAGGGGAGAGGAUCAAUGCUCCUUCAUGGUGUGACAGGGUACUGUGGAGGUCCUAUCCAGGCACAUACAUAGAAAAUCUAGCUUAUGGUUGUGCUGACAAGGUGCUUGGGAGUGACCAUCGACCAGUUUUCUCAUCAUUUAAUGUGGGAGUCACUUCAGACUUUGUCAUGAACCGGAAUUCCCUAACAACUGAAUCUCUGAUUAAAAUUGUGUUUCACCAAAUUGUUGCUCAAGUUAAAACAUGUUGUAAGCAGUACUUUUACCUAGAAUUCCACUCCACCUGCUUAGCAGAUGUAGCAUCCAGUUCUGCCAAUACCAGUUUCCAGCAGCAUAAGACGGGCUUCUACACGUGUCCAGUGUGGGAGAAAAAACAGAUUCCUGAGUUGAGGCCUUUGUUUGGGGAUGAAGAGUACUUGGGUGAUCAACACAUUCUGAUCGCUGUUAGGUCCAGGGAUAGUGACAAUGAAUCUUAUGGUGAGUGUGUCGUAGAAAUGAAAAAUAAGAUUGACAUUAAUAAACCCCAGGCAUUCGAGUGUCAGCUGCUUCACCAAGGCGAAGUCACGGGAAAAUUAAGUGGCCAGGUGCAUGCUUUGACAGGGUCAUUUACUCCCAGAAGUUCUAUCAAGAAGUCUUAUGAAUUGGUUGCCUUGGAUACAGAAUACAUUGAUCCUGAAUUGAUGCAUUCAGAUUCUCCCCCCUCAGCAGACACCUUAACCCCCUUAACAGGCCCCCAGAUCAGCAACAGCCAUGCUACCCUUACCCACGUACAGAGCAUGCCUGCUGCUUUACUAGACAAACCACCCAUUCCGAUUUCCCAGCGCCCAGCCGUUGAUGAUCUCCCGUCAGUAUACAAGUAUGGUGAUGUCCAGUCUAGUGCAUUGUUUCAAAAACAAUUGGAACACAAUCUCUGUGAUUCGAGUCGAAUCAGGAUUCAACUACCCACAGGACAAGGGGCAAUGCAGGCCUCCCACAAAUCAGCUCCAGUGGGGUGCACUGUUACAGAGCCUCCCAAUAAACCCCCACCUCCUGUACCCAAAAAACAGCCCAGCUACGUCAACAUACCAAAACAGAAGAAUCCUAUUGGAGAGUGGCUGAAAGGGAUUAACCUUCCCCAAUACCAGGAUAACUUCAUCAAGAACGGCUUCGAUCAACUUCAGUUUAUCAAAAACAUGUCCAAAACAGACUUAAUGGAAAUUGGUAUCCGUAACAUGAUUCACAUUGACUUGAUACUGGAGAGUCUCAAAAGGAUGAGUCUGUGAUGAAAUGUAGCUAAACUGCAUAAAGACUCAGGCCACGAGUGAAACAGUUCUACUGUGCUGAAAAACAUAUGGCCUUAAAAACAUGUAAUAAAGAACUUAGCAGCUAAGGUAACAUUGUGCUGGAUUAUUAUAGUGUACAGUUAUCCCAUGUAUUACGAGACCAUUGUGCUAGGUAAUUUAUAUAUACAAUCACCCUUAGUUCUAUGAGAACAUGACUGGUUGACAGGGUCCUGAAAGAUGGAAAGGUGUUUCAUUCCACCAUCAUUUCUAGGGACUAAAAUCUCUGGAUUCUUGGCACAUAUGUGAAGUAAGACUGAUCAUCAAAUGUCAUUCUAUGCAACCUUCAGCAUUGACUUAUUUUUCUCAUGAAUUUUAUAUUCCUUCAUUCAGUAUUCAUCUUUCACACAAACACAAUCUAAUAGAAGACAUGUUAUUUCAGAAAAGUCUUAAUUUCUUCUAAACGUUUGUUUUUAUUUAUUAAGAUUUUCCAUUAUAUGAUACAGAUUGAUGAAUCUGACAUGGUGCUCAAAAUGUUAUAGAAUCAGUAUUUAAGUCUUCAUUUUAGAAGUGCCACAUGGUCAAUGUUUUUGUGUAUCUGUUGUACAGACAAUAGACAUUACGUUUUGUCUUUCUUACCUGAAGUAAGUGACUGGUUUUUUUUUUAGAUUUUUAAUAUUUUAUUUUGACACUUCAUUGGAUUUAAAAUCUUUCAUUGGAUGAUUUUUGUCAUGGUUUUGAAGUAUUUAUUUCAUAUACUAGUAUAGGGCUUAAUCAAUAUACAGUUGAACUUGGGUAUCUCGAACACGGAUAUCUCGAAUACCAUGGAUAUGUUGAAGUGACUGGAAAGUCCUUACCACAUUUUCUUAAGUAUUUUACCCUGAAUAUCUUGAACCCUCGGAUAUCUCUCAGUUUUUUCUUGGUCCCAUUGAGUUCGAGAUAACGAGGUUUGACUGUACUGAUUUAUCAAUCAAGUCGGUAUUUAUAAGCCUGUAUUGUAUCAAAACAUUAACUUCCUCUGUUAUCAUCCAAGCAGUUUGUUAUUGAAAUCAGUGUAAAAGUUGGAAAUUUCAAUCAUCAAAGGUUAUAUCUAACUGUUUUAAAAAUUGACCAAAAAUGUUAAAACAGCAUUACGCAGAUUGAUAUAUAAAUUGAUUGUAUUAUAAUUUUAUCUUCUUAAUAAAUGUAUUGAUUUAUUAAGGUAUACACAGGUGUUUAAGACUGAUAGUUUUGUGUUAUUUUUGUGUAGCUUUCUAAUUUUGUGUUGUUUGUUGUACAGCGGGAUCUGUACAACCCUAAUUUGUAAUAAUGUGUCGUCAUACUUUUGUCAAUCUUACAGAUAACAAAACUCCAAAAAUAUGUGUGGUGAAAAUUGCACUAUUUAAACACAAUAGCAAAAAGAAGUACAAUUUUCCUAACAGUACAUUGUAAAUGCUAUUUUUAAUAUUCAAGAACCUUGUUUCAAUAUCUUUAGUUUCACAAAUACUGUACUUGUGCUAAUAAACUGUGAUACUUAGGUGCUUAAUAUGCAUUCUCUUUUUUAACCUUUGUUACUUACUCAUUAAUCUUUUUCUAAUUCAUGUAUACUUGAAUUACAUCUUUUAUUUUAUGUUUCUUUGUAUUACAUUAUGUAUUUUUAUCAUCCAUCCUUAAAUAAUGCCCAAUACU